AUGAACGCCGAGUGGGAGCUCAAAGAAGUACCGCCCGCGCUUGCAGAACUCCGGGAUACAUUGACAAGACUCUUAGAACCGAAAACAGGCGCGAGCUUGGACUCAGCCCCUUCUGAGCGAACCCUUGAAGAACGCAAGUUGGAUUAUGUCCACCUCGAGCAGGGCGCAGAGCCGCGCUCGCAGACGUCCACCAACAAAUCCAUUUCCCUCUUUCUCGCUCGCAAUCGCGCGCGCAACGACGCGUCGAACCGCAACGAAUUCCUCUACACGCGCGCCAAACGCCGUCGCGUGUCCCCAUCUUCUCCCAACUCUUCUGAUGAUAACGCCUUGUAUACGCCCUCAUGUGCUCGUGCAGACGCCAAGCCGGUCGACCGUGACGUGAUGAUGAAGUUUGAUGUCGCGAGGAACGAGGAGGGCCCGCUACGACGGACAGUAGCCAAGUCGGAGAUGAGUGCCAUCACAAGCACAGUUGGGGGCACUCAGGAAAGAAGGAGUGGGGUCGAGGAGAACGCGGCCGUAUCGGCAGAGAAGUAUCCCGCGCUCGAUGUGCGACUCAAAGACAUAGAGGCACACCUCGCUGUGCGGUACGUUCCUUCGCCGCCGGUUUCGCUUCUCCAUCGGCUCCAGUUUCUCGAGGACCAUAUCGUCCGACUUGAACGCGAGUAUCCUCCUUGGGCUGCGCUGCACUUCAGUCAACCGCGUCGCGGCUGGCCACCCCCGCCUCGUGCGACCCCGCUCAUUGUCCCAUCGCACCUCACCUCGACCUCGACUUUGACUUCUUCUGCAGCAACGCCUAACGCGGCAGUCGGUAAUGGCUCAUCUGCAGCCGCCAUCGAAACGAGCAAAGCUGGUGUUGAACACGAAGCAAAAGGGAAGGCAAAAAGCCGCACCGCCAAGUCGAGCUUGCACCGCGCGGUCAUGGAGAGACUGGAGGUGCAGAAAGCUAUAGGAGAUCUGAAGGGCGACGGUGCAAGUUACUGA